CCACACGCCGCAUCCUCGCGCAGCCGUUCGCCACAGCCAAGCCAUCCAGUUGGGGAUUUGCAACUCCCUUUUGCUUGGCUUUUUGUUUUGUUUUGUUUUGUUUUGUUGGGCGCGCGCUUCGCUUGACCGGGCGGGAUGACCAGCGGGCAGGUGCAGGACAGUGAAUCUGGCGUGCCUUUGGACGAUAAAGAUAGCAGCAGCUCUAAAUAUAAGGAUGAAGACUGUGCUGAAGAAAAUUCACUGGGUGAUGACAGUUCCAAAAGUGACUCCGAAAGCAGCUCUGAAAGUGAUUCUGAUAACAGUGAGGCAGAUGCAGAGGAACCAAAUGAUGAUCCAGAAAACAAAGAAUCACAGCUGGGUUGUGUUGAAUCAGGUACAAUAUCUUUGUUGGAAUGA